AUGUCACAGGCAAUCGCGGCUCUGGUUCACGCGGCGCAGUUGACCCAAGAGAGGGACACUGAUUCCUCUGGCACGACUUCCGCACUGCCUCCUAUAUCGAACGACUACCCGUACCCGUACUCGUCUCUCCAACAUGUCGGUUUCUUUGUGCUCUUCUUCUUCCCCGCACUCGCCCUCAUCGUGGUGGCCCUGCGGGUGUAUAGCCGAGUCAGCACGAAGCAGUUUGGCUGGGGUGUCCCGAUAGACGAUGGAUUGAUAUGUUUUGCUAUGGUCGAGUCCAUCGCUGAGACGGUAGCAUCUUACUUUGCUAUGCGAUAUGCCUUCCUUGGCGUUCACGUUAAGGAUAUUCCCUUGGAGGCUGACAACCGGCUGGGCAGUCUAUGGAACUACAUCAUCCAGCUUUUAUACAACCCGAUCUUGGCGCUCGUCAAAACGUCGGUGUUGAUGUUUCUGCUGCGGUUGAGCGGUCAGAAGCGGUCGAUUCGAUACACGAUUAUCGGGCUCAAUGUCUUCAACAUUGCGCUCAUGAUUGCAAUCUUCACCACCGUCGUCUUCCAGUGUCAGCCAAUCAGCUACUUCUGGGAGAAGGCGGGUCGCAACCCCCCGACGGAGGGCAAGUGCAUCGACAUGCCCGCCUUCUAUGUCAGCACCGCCUCUCUGACAAUCUUCACUGACGUUUUGUCUCUCGCCCUGCCUUUUUGGAUCUUCCUCGGGUUGAAGAUGCCUGUCCGGGUAAAGGUAGCGCUGCUCGGCGUCUUUGCCCUUGGAGCUGUUGUCACCGCCAUCAGCGUCCUCCGGCUCGCAUGGCUGAUCGAGGUCUCGUACCACAUCAACGAACAAGACCCUACCUACGACAUCCGCUUCACCUACUCGGCCGUCGAAACGAACCUCGCCAUCAUCACGGCCUCGGCGCCGGCGCUGCGCGGCCUCUUCCUCCGCUGGUUCCCCAAUUUCUUCGCCUCGCUCAAGAGCUCAUCCAACGGCCGCUACGGCUACGGACACAGCGGGGAUCCGAACAAAAAGUCUCGCACGAUGGCGACGGCGACGGCUACGGCGUCGCGGGGCCGCGCGGUGUCGCACCACGCCGACGCGUUCCAACUCAAGAACAUGAAGGGUCGGUCCGAGAUACGUUCGCACUCGCCAACGACGAGCGAGGAGGAGAUUAUGACAUACGACGGCAUCAUGCGCACGACCGAGGUCAAUAUCAUUUACGACGACCGGCGCGAUUCGACGCCUCACGGCGCAAGGGAGCCCGUGGAUAGGAACGAGGCUUCGAGCCGCAGCCAUUACGACACGAAACUCUACUCGACUACUAGCUCGGGGAGUUUGUAA